CUCCAGCCAUACUAUCGCCAUGCACGGCCGUCGUAUAAUCACAUGGCUUCCCUGCCACGUGUGCUUCGCUCCCUUUCCAACGACCAGCCGCCUAUGCGCAUUCAGCGGGCUUCUGGAAUCGCGACUUGCAUGCACGCACCCACGAUGGCGAUGCGUCGGAGUCUAGUUUUGAGGUGCAUUUUGAGUGAGUCGCGACUCAAAACACACCUCAAAACACGAUGGCGAUGGCGAUGGCGAUGCCGAUGGCGAUGGCGAUGGCGAUGGCGAUGGCGAUGGCGAUGCCGAUGCCGAUGCCGAUGCCGAUGCCGACGCCGAUGCCGAUGCAUCGGAGCCAUCUCGUGAGUCGUGACUCGUCCAUGGCGCUGAUUAGACCCAUUCGUUUAUUACUUACGUAUGUUGUGCGGGAUCGGAAUUCUCUCCGAUGCGGUCUCGUGCCGCCGUCUCCCACCAUGCGCACAUACACGAUGCACCCAGCAACCCUCCCAGCCUCCGCGGCCGUUUCCGCUUCUGCGACGUCGCCACCUCAGCGCCUAACCGCCGUCGAAACGCUCGCUCGCUGCCGCCGUGCGACGGAUCCCAAACAGCACCGCAUGCAAGGUCGCAGAAUCUCCGACGCGCGAUUCUGUCCGCCGCAAGAAACGGCCAAUCUGCCGCCCUUCUCGUUGCGCACCGCACCGCACUCGGCGCGGAGGGCUCGGCGGUGUGGCUGGAAGCCCCCCCUUGCCAGAACUCUAGACUCGGGGGAGUCGAUUGACAACAGCCUUGGGCCUCCGAGCGUUAAUCUUCUAAUUCGGCGCGCCCCGUGCAUGCGACCCGUUCCGUACCUCGUGCCUCGCCUCGCAGCCCGUGCUGGUGCUGGCGCCAAGCUUCCCAUGGCCGUACGGCGAGCCACGAAAGCGGCGCCAGCAGGGGCCAGCAGGGGCCAUGAGGGUAUAUAAUCUGGAGAUAUCGCGAUUGAUUGGUACGACAGGCAGUAGCAGCUGCAGCAGAAGCCGUCGCCGUCGCAACCCUCGCUCCACAUUCUCCCCUCGUCAGCCAUAUACUUCUCCACUCCACUCCUCGCACCUCGCUCCACCCCUGCGCGCGCCUUUCUUUCUCCCCGCCUCUUGUCGCCGCAACUCCACGCCCCUCCACGGCCCCUCUUCAUUCUCCUCCACUUCCUGGCAUAGCGACUUCCACUCCCACCCCGCAGCCCUCUGCCCCGCAGCCCUCUGCUGCAGCCCCGGCCCACUCUUCCAGCACUCUUCCCUCCCCACCGUCAUCCCUGUCGUUCGCCGCCCAUGGGGUCCGACGGCUGCUUCGUAGUGCUGCCAGACAGCGAGGGGCGUGCAGCGACCAGUCCGGCUUCGACAAGGUGCGAAGGCGCCACUGGUGGAGGCGCCACUGGCGGAGGCAGCGGCGUUUCGUCCGCCGGUCUGCGCAAGCCGUGGGGCAGCAGCUUGAGCGGGGUCAGGCUGCCAGCAGAGCCGCUGAGCGGCGCGAGUGGGCUCGCUGCCGCCCGCCCUAGCUGCACGCCAUCGCCCUUUGAUGGUCGCGUUGGCGGUGCGGGCAUUGGCGGUGGCGUUGAGCAGCAGGGGGGCGGGGUGGGGGAUGUGGUGGUAGGAUUGGAGAGGAUGGGGGUGGGUGAGGAGGAGCGUGAGGAGGGGAGAGGGGGGCGUGGUGCGGAGGAGGGGAGUUGGGCCAAGUGGCCUGUGAACGGAGCUACAGCGGUGGAGAAUGGAACUGCAGGGGUGAAGAACGGUUUUGUUCAUCCCUACGCAUGCGCCCAUCACUCCAGAGCCACUACCGAGUGUGCUUGUAACGAGUCCAAGUCACGGCCCGUGACUGCAGCAACUGUGGCGCACCAGCCCACGGUGCUCCCUCGAAUGAACCCCUUAAAGCCCGGCAAGCCCGUGGCGUGUGUGCUCGGCAUCGGUACGGCGAAUCCGGACAUCGUUCGCCCGCAGGGGCAGUUCGCCAAGGAGUACCUGCAGCGUAUCAACUGCUAUGACAAGGACACGCAGGCCAAGUUCGAACGCAUCUGCUACCACACGGGUAUAGACAAGCGCCAUAUGGUGCUCUCCUGGGAUACCGUCGCCGCCAACCCAUCCCUCAACCAGUUCGGCGCGCCGUCCCUGGCCACGCGCCAGGCCAUCCUGCGCACUGAGGGCGUGCGCCUCGCCGCCGCCGCGUGCGAGCACGCGCUGGCCGAGUGGGGCGGGGAGAGGGCGGAGAUAACCCACCUGGUGGCGGUGACGGUGAGCGGCGUGCACCUGCCCGGGCUGGAUGUGCAGCUCGUGGGCGCGCUGGGGCUGGGGCGCGGCACGCAGCGCGUGCUGCUGCAGAUGCUGGGGUGCUACGCGGGGGUCACGGCGCUGCGUGUGGCUAAGGACCUGGCGGAGAACAAUGUGGACGAGGGCGCGCGCGUGCUGCUCGUGUGCUCCGAGCUCAACAGCCUCAUCUUCCAGGCACCACACGAGUCGCUCCCGGACAGCCUCGUGUGUGCCGCCAUCUUCGGCGACGGGGCUGCUGCCAUGGUGGUGGGGGCCAACCCCCGCUCCCACGCCCCACAGGCCUCACACGCCCCCCGCACCGCAGGCCAUCAGGGUCUGCAAGCAGGCAGCGCCACAGAGCACACCCCUCAGACUCCCUCACAACUCCCACAGCAGCCACCAGCAGCAGCCCCCUCCUCCCUGCCUCCCUCCCCAAGCCCUGCGCCCCCUCGCCCCCACGAGACGGCCAUCUUUGAGAUCGUGCGCGUGGCGGAGUUCUUUCUGCCUGACACCACGCGCCACAUCGCAGGGGACCUGACCGAGGCGGGGCUGCUGGUGCACCUCAGGAGGGAGGUGCCGCUGCUGCUGCCGGGCCCGGUCAAGGAGUUUAGUGAGAACCUGCUGGGGCAGGCUGGCGUGGGGUUCGCUGAGAGCUUCUGGGCCGUGCACCCGGGUGGGCGGGCGAUUUUGGAUGGGUUACAGCGUCAGCUGGGGCUGAAGAAGAGUGCUCUCAGGGCCAGCAGGGAGGUAUUGCGGCAGUAUGGGAACAUGUCAAGCGGGUCUGUGCUGUUUGUGUUGGAUGAGAUUCGGAGGAAAAAUAAGCGGUCAGAGCCUCAAUGGGGAGUGGCGCUAGGGUUUGGUCCAGGCGUUACGGUUGAAGGUGCAUUGAUGAGACUGUUGUGAUGGGGAGAUGUAGCAUGGAGGGAGCUUGUAUAUACAGACAGCUAGUCAACGUGCAUUAGCACAUGCACAUAUGCAAAUUCUAUAUGGUACAUAGGAUAACUUGUACAGCUUCAAAAGGACACAAUGCAUUAUGCAUGACUACUGUACUGUAUAUCUCAUUGACAAACAACUUCGA